UCAGUUCACAUAUCUAGUGCAUGGCUGCUCGGAAGCUGUGCAGUCAGCAGUAUGCAUCUCAUUACUCAGCAGCCAUGCAGCAUGUGCAAUUGAUACAACUGCCAGUUUUAAAGUGAUGAGUGUACAAAACCACCAAGCUGUGUCAUACUAUAGGAACUUGUCACCAGUUGGAAUACAGGAGUCUCCGGCGCAUUUCUACACAAUGUCACUUGGACCAUCAAGAGAGUGUAUGUAACCCGAAGAAGGAGACAUAAAUAUCUGCAAUGGAGAGACUGUUAGUGCUUUCCCAAGUCACCGUCCUCCUAGUGCUGGGACUACUUACACAUUGCUGCUACACAGAAAGAAUUAAUCGUCAUGUUGGCAACAUACUCAAUAAUAUUGGAAAUCAAGGAUUUGGGAAAAGGAGCCAGCUUGCAGCGUGUAAGGAUCAAUUAGGUGUCUGCAAAAGUGAUCUCGACCUGAAGCAAACCUUGAUGUUGGCAUUCGUGCCAGAGAGAAGUUGCCAUGUUCAACUGGAAAAUAACUUUGGAACAUUUUCUCCUCCCGAUUAUUCUGGUAAUGUAAAUCUUUGGUGCAACUGGACUAUUAUAGCAGGCCCUGGGAAACACAUAGUUGUUUACAUCAAGGGAUUCCAGGCUGAUGCAAGCUGUGAUGAGAACUGGGAUGAAAUCAUUUUUGAAGGUGUAUCUUCAGCGGUAGAAACCAGUGUGGUGUACGCUUGCUGGAAUAAGAACAUCCAUGUAUUUGCAGCCCAGGCAACAGCAGUACAUGUUGUGUUUUUCUGGCUAAGUUCCCAUGUCCCUUCAAAGAAAUAUUUUGAAGGCAGUUAUUACAUUUUUGAGGACCCUACCAGUGUCUGGCCACCAGAUAAGCCAAUUAUUACAUCUAUGCCCCUGUCCACUGUGUAUUCUGAUGGAACCAUAAAACAGAAAUCAGACAAUUUUAUGCUUUCUUCAACUGUCUUUCCAUAUGAGUUCAAACAAACAAGAGACAUGGGCAGCAUGUCCACCAUAAAGAGAAUUAAACUUUUUGAAAAGCAGAAAGAGAGAGAACCAGAGACUUCAAGUGAACGCAAAAUAACCAGCUCUGUACCACCCACUGAGAUCAAAUUUAUAAAUGGCUUACUAAGAAAUGGUAAGACAACCUUGAUGGCACAGCAUAAAGACAUUUUAUCAUACUGGAGCAGAAAUCAGCAGUUAGAAGAGGAACACAUGGAAAUGAGAUCUCUGAAUGGUGUGCAACAAGGAAGCAUAAAUCAAAAAGAACCUUUUUCAAAAUUGACCUACAGGGACAUAUUAGCUACAAAAAUAACAAAACACGCUUUGCCAUCAAAUAUUGAAAGUGCAUUUGUCCAGUCCAUGUCAUUUGCUUCAAGUUCUGCUGAUACUCUUUUCCAAAUAUCAUCCAUUAAAGAGGAAACUGGUAAAACGCAAGAACUAGUCUCAGAAAUGAUGAGUAUUGUACCCACAUCUCCAAGCUUUAUAUCACCCACAGAAGUCACAUAUGAAAAGAGUUUAGCAAGAGAAAUUAGCGAUACCUUUAUCUCACAGAGCAUUCCAUCAUACUGGAAAGGAAGUCAGCAAGUGGACGGGACGCCCAUGGAUGUUAGCUCCCUGGAUGAUAUACAAACAGCAAGCAUGGAUCAAAAAGAUACUUCGCCAAAGUCUCUCUUCUUGUAUACAGUCAAUGAACAGGAGCACACAUUAGCUAAACACAUACCAAAACACACUUUGCAGUCAAUUAUCGAAAGUACAUUUGUCCAGGCCCUCUUAUUUGCUCCAAGUACAACUGAUACUUUUGUCCAGAUAUCAUCCCUUAAAAAGGAAAUUGGUCAAACACAAGAACAAGACUCAGAAUUGAUGACUAUGAUUCCAAUAAUACCCACCUUUAUAUCGCCCACAGAGGUCACAUAUGAACAGAGUUUACCAAGAGAAAAGAAAAAUAGCUCCACGUCACCAAGCCAUGGCAUUCCAUCAUACUGGAAAGGAAUUCCGCAAACAGAAGAACUGCACAUGGAUAUUAGGUCUUUAGAUGGUUUACAGACAGCAAGAAUAGAUCAUACAGAAUCGAUGUACCUGUCUACAGUAAAUGAACAGGGAUAUACAUUAACUGGACACUUCUUACAACAGUCAAAUAUUGAAAGUUCAUUUGGCCAGACCUUGAUAUUUUCUCCAAGUUCUACUGAUGCUCUUGUCCAAAUAUCAUCCUUUUACAAGAAACAUAGUCAAACACAAGAAAUAGUCUCUUCCAUGAUGUCUUCAGAAUCUGAAAAACCCAGUUUUGUAACACCAGCAACGGGUUUAGGCACAUUCACGCCAUGGAGUGAUGGCAUGUCAUCACAGUGGAACAGAAGUCAUCAGUUAGAUGAGCUGUACAUGGAAAUUAGGUCUCUGGAAGGUGUGCAAGAAAGUGUUUCACAAUAUCUCCUGUCUAUGUUUAGUGAACAAGAACAUGUAUUAUCUGGUGACACAACACAGCACUCGUUACAAUCAGAUAUUGAAAGUACAUUUGUCCAGUCCUUGUCAUUUUCUCCAGAUUUUACUGGUAUUCAACCAGUGAAAUUUGGUCUGAGUUUUUCUGAUGCUCCAGUUAAAAUAUCCUGCUUUGAAGAGCAGGACUCCAUAAUGACGUUAGGAUGUCUAGCUUUAAGCAGUAUGGACUUUGAUGAGCUUGAUUCAAAUCCUUCAAAGAGUUUGGAACUUACAAGGACUCCAUGGUUCUCUGAAAUAUCCCAGCUAGAAUCUGUAAUGGCUGUAGAAGAAUACAUAAAAUUGGCUGCAUCCCAAGAAGAUCUGCUAUCUAUUGGUUAUGGUUCAUUAGCAUCUAAAAAGUUGAGUACAUUUACAGUACAGCAAUCUGCUUUUCACUCAUGGAGGUUGGUAUCCAGCUCAGAAGAGUUCAUUCUAUCAGCUCAUUCUAGAAUUCUGGCUGAAACUGAAUUAGACAAGAUACCCGGAUAUAAAGCUGGUAUUGGACAUAAACUGACAACCAACUUGCUGGAAAAUACUCCAUUUUUAGAUCACGUCCCAAGCAUUCCUUUGUCUCCAGCUUCUUCUAUUGUCUAUCUAUCUACUUCAAAAUUCAUAAGUUCUCAGUUUACUAGUUCUAUAAAUGACAAUGCUUUAGACUCAACAUCUACUGAUUCAUUGCAGAUAGAUUAUCCUCUACAGGACAUACUUGGAACAUUUUCAGAUAUUCAGAAGCGUCUUGAUACAUUACUGGAGUCGCCAUAUUCAACUCUAGUAGCCAUCAGCCAUGUAUUUCCAGAGAGUGGACAUGGACAUAAUGGUCAAUCUAGCCAGAUGGUUGGUACAGAAUAUGUUCAUAACCACUUGGUGCCAUCUGGUGAAUCCAGCUUUGGGGAGUCACUCAGAGAGGCAACACUACUGAUAGCCUCUGCCACUAAAGAAAUAAAGACUAAACACUCUACACAAUAUAUCCAGUUCACAGAUAGGGAGAAGUUGGAGAUGCAAAUUUCUGAUUUCCUCUUGUCUACUGAGAUGCCAAAGAUGAGUAGUUAUCUCGUCCCAUCAGGUAGAAUUGAACAGGCUACUGUAGCCACCCAUUUCUUCCAGAUAUCGGAAUCACAACCAAGACCCAGAGGACAUACACCUGCGCAUCAGGAGAUACCAAUAACUACUUCCACAGAGAUUAUAGAGGCCAAGAUACAAAGCACUUACCCCUAUCAGCCAUUUUAUGAAUUUGAUUAUGUCCCACUGGAUCGACCAAGGACUGGCAUAAUAGAUAUGAGUCCAUCUUUUGGUAAUAUUGGGAAUAAAACAGACCUGGGAUUUCCACAUUUUCCUGGAGACCGUUUGUUUGCUAUUACUGCUGAAGUUCGCCACAAUGAGCUUUUGCCAUUGGGACUAGAAACCUAUCUGUUUAAAUCAGUUCAUGAAGAGUUACCAGAAGCAACCUUCUUCCUGCCAGUGGGAAUCUGGGAAAAGGACAAUCGCACAACAAAUGACAACACCACAAUUCUGAAUUUUUGGCUACACUUGAAAAGAGGUGGAAGAGGCAUGGAAAACUUUACAGAAACUAAUCUAAGGGCACUUGUAAACUCAUCAGUAGGGAAACUCAAUGCCACCCUGGUGUCCUUCUCUGCUGAAGACGUGAAUGAAUGCCAGAUGGAAAUCCACCAAUGCGAUAUUCAAGCAAAUUGUACCAAUGAAAAUGGCACAUAUUCCUGCCAGUGUAAGGAUGGCUACAAAGACAAAUCUCCUGCAGCAUUGGGCACUGUUUGUAUCAAAUUCCAGAACUCAGUUCAUCGUCUUCUCUACAUCCAGCUGGAGGUUUUGAUAGGCUCCAUAGUAGCCGUGGCUGUUGUUUUGUUCAUUAUCUUCACACUUCUAUGUUCCCUGCUACAAAACAGAUAUGUCAAGGGUAACUUGAGCGUCAGAGAAGCAAAUCCAGCAAUUUCCCAGCUGGGGAGACUUACUUUAGACCCUUCUCCACAGAGAGACAUGGGUUAUAUGAUAUCUACAGGCCCUGAGCACAUGUGUCUUCAAUACGCCUCUGAGCGACAUACAGGACAAGAAGGUCCUGGAACACUUGAAAUGAUGAAAAUCACAGUUGAGCAAACUGCUUGUUAAUAGUGCUUUCAUAUUCUGCUCCUUGCUGCACUGAUUACACUGUAUGUUAUGUAUGCAAUGAGUUGCCAAUAAUAAAAAUUGAUCUCUUGUACUAA